GAUAUUACACGCUUGGCCGGAGGCCCGGAGCUACAAGGAUGGCUGCAGUACGCGAGGCAAGUGUAUAAAUAUUCAGGCAAUUGCGCGCACAUCAAAUUCACAGCACAUGCACUAGUAGGCGAGCGCAUUAGCAUGGUUUUCUGCACAGGUCGACGACACUCAUUCCAGCUAGUAGCUAGGCGCUUGGAAGUUGCAUCUUGCCUGAAGGAUGAGAAGAAGAUAGUGACGCAGGCCACACAUUAUUCGCAGAAAUAGAAAUUGCAUCGGAACAGGUCAGCCACUAUCCGGCGACGGCGAGAUGUCGUGUUCCAGUACUUCACGGUCGAGCUUUCUAACUAUGAAGUCUCACAUGGCCACAGAGGAAAAGCCGAUUUCAGGGGAUAGAAUGCUUGUGUUUGUGCCUCCACAUUCCUUGAUCAAGCACUGGGUUUCAGUUCUGAGAAAUGAGCAAACUCCUUGCCCAAUUUUCAGAAACGCCUUGGCUGAGUUAGGAAGGCUUCUAAUUUAUGAAGCUUCAAGGGAUUGGUUGCCUACCAUCAAUGGGCAGAUUCAGUCACCAAUGGGUGUUGCUUCAGUUGAGUUUAUUGAUCCAAGGGAGCCUGUGGCGGUUGUUCCAAUCUUGAGAGCUGGUCUUGCUCUUGCAGAACAUGCGUCAUCAAUAUUGCCUGCAACAAAAACCUACCAUAUAGGGAUAAGCAGAGAUGAGGAGACACUUCAACCAACGAUAUAUUUGAACAAGUUGCCUGAAAAAUUCCCCAAAGAGUCGCGAGUAUUCGUGGUAGAUCCUAUGCUGGCAACAGGGGGCACAAUAGUGGCAGCAAUUGACCUCAUUAAGGAACGUGGGGUUGAGAACAAACAAAUAAAAGUGAUAUCUGCAGUAGCUGCUCCUCCAGCCCUUCAAAAGCUCAGUGAGAAGUUUCCUGGGCUCCACGUUUACACUGGAAUUAUUGAUCCCACUGUUAAUGACAAAGGAUUUAUAGUUCCAGGACUCGGGGAUGCUGGAGAUCGUAGUUUUGGCACAUGAUGUCUGAAUUUGUUAUUAUCUUAUAUUAUUAUUAUCUUUUUAUUUUUUAUUUUGAGGGAGCAGAGAAGAAUUGUGUUCCAUAAAGUGACGAUUUGUAAUUUUGAUGUGUUGAGCCUGUCAUCAAUUUAAGACUACUUUUGUCUUUUUGUACA